GUUUGCACCGAUGAAGGCUGCAGGAACUAAUCUGCAAGUCCUCUAGCACCGUCUCUCGACGACACAUGCCCUCAAAGCAACGUGCUUUCUCUGCAUGUCUGCCACGCAAUCCGCAUAAGCUACUCCUUUCCACCUACAAUAUGAAGAAGAAGAAGAAGAAGAAUCAGACUAUCAGAGAGGAAAUCACAUCUACAGAACAGAGAGAAAGAGAGAUGACCUCGGUUAGGGAGAAUGACUCAUUGGCAACAGAAGCUCCUUUGGCCCCCGUGACUUAUGAGAGACAGGUCAGGAAUGAUUUGGAGGAGAAACUCCCAAAACCCUAUCUGCCUAGGGCAUUGCAAGCCCCAGACACAGAGCAUCCACAUGGGACACCGGGACACAAGCAUUAUGAGAUGAGUGUGCUUCAGCAACAUGUAGCUUUCUUCGACCAAGAUGAUAAUGGAAUUGUUUACCCUUGGGAAACAUAUACUGGACUGCGAGCUAUUGGUUUCAAUGUAAUUGUCUCCCUUGUUGCGGCCAUUGUCAUCAAUGCUGGCUUGAGCUAUCCAACUCUUCCAGGGUGGUUGCCUUCGCCUUUCUUCCCCAUAUACAUACACAACAUUCACAGGGCAAAACAUGGCAGUGACACAGGGGUGUAUGACACUGAAGGAAGGUUUACACCAUCAUAUAUUGAGAACAUGUUUAGCAAAUAUGCUCGUUCAGUGCCCAACAAAUUAUCACCAGGAGAGCUCUGGGAAAUGACUGAGGGAAACCGAGUUGCAUUCGACUUGUUUGGCAGGGUAGCUGCUAAGUUGGAAUGGGGGCUUCUCUAUAUCCUUGCAAGGGAUGACGAUGGCUACCUGUCUAAAGAAGCUGUUAGACGCUGCUUCGAUGGUAGUUUGUUCGAGUACUAUGCUAAAAUGCAGACUGGAGGUGAAGGCAAGAUGGGCUAAAUUAAAGAACAAAUCAAAUCCCACCCUCUCAUGGUGUUUCAAUGUAACAAAUAAUUACCCUAUGCUCUUUCGUUUUGCAACGUCUGCAUAAUGCUUGGAACGGUUAAACUAGACAAUAGCCGUCAUACUUCGUUUGCAGUUUAUGCUGUGAUUUGUAGAAUUAACUUCCCCAUGUGUUUCUGUAAUAAGAUCCUGUCGAUCGU